UUUUUUUUUUUUUUUUUUUGCCCUUUAGUUUAGAGGUUUUAUUUAGUCAGAGAUGAAGUCAAGUGGUCGCUCUUCUCCCGUUUACGGCAAACCUUUCGUUCACGAGCUCAAACUCACCGUGUCGGAUAAAAUUAAGAUGGCACUGAUGUCUGUCACAGUUUUCCCAGUGCGGCUGCUGCUCGUGUCCUUCCUCAUGCUGCUGGCGUGGCCCUUUGCCUUCACCGCCUCUCUGGGGCGUUCUGAGUUUGUUGUUGAACCACAGUCGUGGUGGAGGAGGUUGAUAGACGUGUGUCUUCGUGUGAUCAUGAGAGCCAUGUGGUUCUGUGGGGGUUUCCACUGGAUCAAGGUGAAAGGGGAGCGCGUGUCACCCUCUGAAGCAUCCAUCCUCACCAUGGCACCACACUCCUCGUACUUUGAUGCCAUCCCAGUCACCAUGACCAUGUGCUCCAUGGUGGCCAAACUGGAGAGCAAGAGCAUUCCGCUCUGGGGCACACUGAUCAGCUACAUCCGGCCUGUGUUUGUUUUCCGGUCUGACCCGGAUUCCAGAAGAAAAACAAUAGAGGAAAUCAAGCGGAGAGCCCAGUCUGGAGGGGCGUGGCCUCAGAUCAUGAUAUUCCCAGAGGGAACGUGCACCAACAGAUCAGGUCUCAUCUUGUUCAAGCCAGGCGCCUUCAUACCAGGACUUCCAGUACAGCCAGUAGUUCUCCGCUACACCAACAAACUGGACACUGUUACGUGGACGUGGCGAGGUCCUGGAGCAUUCACAGUCUUAUGGCUUACUCUCUGUCAGCCUCAUAAUUCUAUGGAGAUUGAAUACUUGCCCGUGUACACGCCGUCAGAGGAGGAGAAAGAAAACCCUGCGUUGUUUGCGAGUAACGUCAGAGAGCUCAUGGCAAAGGCGUUGGCAGUGCCACUCAUAGACCUGUCAUUUGAUGACUGUGAAAUCAGCCUGUCACAGGAUCCACUGGGAAUCUAUGACAAAAGCAGCCUGCUGGAGUUCAACCGGCUGGUGCACCGUCUGGGAAUGAGACCAGGGAUGACGAACGUGGUGCUUGAGGAGUUGGCCAGCAGAGCUAGAAAGUUGCAGGGAGACCGGCUGGAUUUAGAGAAUUUUGCACAGUUCCUCAACCUGCCAGUGACAGACGCACUUAAACAAGUUCACAGCCUCUUUGACCAGCAUGGAGGUGGACAUAUUGACAUCAGGCGGUAUGUCGUUGCUCUGUCUACCAUUUGUCGGCCAUCAAAGCAGAUGGAGACUCUCAAAUUGGCCUUCAAGAUGUAUGAGACUGAGGAGAAUGGAAAUGUCCCAGAAGAGGACUUGGGCACCAUCUUGGAGAUAAUGCUGGGAGUGGAAGAAGUGGAUCUUUCAGGCCUGUUUCUGUCCCUUGAUGAUGAUGACAACAGGGACAAGAUCACAUAUGAUGAACUUCAUCAUUUCAUAGAGCAGCAUCCGGACUUUAUGGGGUUCCUUCUUUUUAAGAACCAUCCCUGCGAAAACUGCAUCGGCAGGCCUCAGAGCUGGAGCAGCCAGAACCACAGCAAAAAUGACUGAAGGAUGGAAAUGUGCCAUUACGGCUCUGACUGUUUCCUUACGGUUGUCAUAAACCACCUAAAUGCUGCAGCUUAAUGAACACCAGGAAUUUCUGUGAACAGAAGACCUCCAGUGCUGCACAGAUAAUGGCAUGAGUAUCUCUGCUUUAGUUAUCAAGGGUAUUUUUUUUCUUUUUCACCUUCCUUUAUUAUUAGACUAGAUUAAAAGUGAAACUGGAUCAAUCUGUGGAUGUUUAAUUUAUUUUCCUUAUGCAUAAAUAUUAAUAUAAUUUAAACAAGUUUUUGAGUACUUUUAUUGACUGUUAAAAGUUGAACCCUUUGGUCUCAUGCACGUGCGUAUGGUGGACACUUACUUUCCCAUACACAGGGUUUAAUGAGGAAUGUACCAAUUUUUAAGAGGCUUUUGAGUAUUUGAAAACAAAUAAUUUUAGGUAAAAUAAUACCCUAUUCACGCGUGUCAUGACAGAGCAUCAGCUUAUCCCUUUUUUGAAGAAAGUUGGUUAAACGUCCACCUGAAGUUAAAUAAUUUCUAAAUUGGUUUAUUUAACGGACAUCUAAAAUAAAUUCCAUGAGCCCCAGCAUAUUGUUAAAAGCAAAAGAAUUUUGUGCAGGGCACCAAAACGCGUGAAUAUGGUAUUCCCUGAAGUCAAACUGACCAAUGAUGAUUUUUGAAGUUUGGGUGAUGUGACUCUACAGCUUUAACAAGCAAACGCCUCACUGGCUUCCACAUGCAGACUAAAAACAGCUUUCAAAAACAGAAUGUUGUUGAAAGGUUUGAUAGAUUCACAUUCUGCCUUCUAAAGACGUGUGUGUUAACAUUAAUUACUGGUCAAAUGUAUUUUUAGAAUUCCUCUUCUCUUUAAUUUGUUGUAUCAUGGCUGUUUUUGACUGUUAAAUUCACAGUGUCUAUGGGGUGAAGAAGGAGCUGAGCCAGAA